UGAUUAUUUGAAUGUGUCGGUAGAAAAGAUGACUUUACAAAUCAAAUGAUGGUAAGAACCUUGAGACAAACAACUUAGUCGCUAGUAUAGAUGAUGCUCACCCGAGGGACCUAACAUCGAAAAGCGUCAGUCACGUCAAACGCAUCCAAGGUUCGAGGGAGAUAUUGGAGGACAGCGAUUUACUUGCUUGCGAUUUUGGUUAUUCACAGCCGUCUUGUUCUCGAUGAAUUCAGAUUAACAAUCUCGUCGGAUUAUUUCGCUGGGGCAUUUAUAAUGUCUUCGGUCCAGCGUGCCUUUGCUCAUAAAUUAAACAAACAGCAUGCCGCCGAUGUGAGACGUCAAAUUGCCACUUCAACCUCCUACUCCCGCGAUCUGUCGAAGAGCGGUAGCAGUGUUUCGGGAUUUUCUUCCACGAUGUCCUUGUGCGAGGUAUUGGAACCUCUGGAUUACGAGGAAUUCUUGGGACAACAUCAGUCGGUACUGGACCGGGAUCCUUUGAAACCAAUCCUAGAUUUUCCUCCGGGCGAUGUUGAACUGAGAGUCGUAAAGAGGAAGAUUCGGACGGAGGAGCCGGUAGUACCGCACGAAUCGAUCGAUACCGUGUCGCCUUAUGUGAAAAGGUGCAUUGAGAGUUUUACUUCAGACUGGGUCGUAAUACACCGCAAGUACAAGGGCAGAAUCUCACCCAUCGCCAGAGACAGAUUGCUUCAGGAUACACCUAGGCAAGAUUUCGAGGUAGAUCAGGAAGAUGCAAAUGGUUGUGUGUCGCCGAACGAAGAGGACGACUUGUCCAAUUCCGGAGAUACUCCGCGAGGAUCUUGGGCGAGUCUGGAUUUGCGGCAUUCGCAGCACGACCCUCUUCUGCCGAGUUUGCUGGAUCGUGUCUGCCUUGAAACGAUCGAUCAGAUGAACGAGCAGAAGAGAUUGGAGGAUCGACAGGAAGCUUUAUUCCCGCUCUACGCCCCACCAACUCCUCUUGACGACGAGUGGCAAGAAAUCAGCGUUGCCCCGGAACCUACGGAGCCUUUUGCUCAUAAAAUUCUCGUGAAAUGUCUGCAGUUGAAGUUGGAACUGGAAGUGGAGCCGAUAUUCGCGAACCUCGCAUUGUAUGACGCCAAAGAAAAGAAAAAAGUGUCUGAGAAUUUCUACGUCGAUAUGAAUUCAGAGGGAUUGAAAAGAAUGCUUGGGGGACACAUCGCUUACAGCGACGCAAGUACCUUAGCUAGAAGUUGCGUUUUGAGCGUAAGUAAGCCGAGUCCCGACUUGUUUCUUGUCGUGCGGCUAGAGAAAGUACUGCAAGGCGACAUAUCGGAGUGUGCCGAGCCAUAUUUACGCGAAGAUAAAAAUAAAGAUAAGGUCAGAGCUGCCGCCGCUGCUGCGUGCGAACGCUUGGGCCGUUACAGAAUGCCUCUCGCGUGGACUGCGAUUCAUCUGUCUGGUGUAAUCGGAGGCGGUGGCGAUGCGGACAGCACUGGCAGCGCUGGAUCUUUAGACAGAAAGUCGAGCGGCCUGGAGCAGUGGCGAAAGAAAGUGGAACCGCCGACGCGACGAGGCUCGCUAGAAAGACGGAGCUCGGAUAAAAGACGUAGUUGGUCGCCGGACGAUUUUGCUAAUUGCCUCGAUAGCUUUAGGCCCAUUACUUUAACGGUCUCGAGCUUCUUCAAGCAAGAAAGCGAGCGACUUCGCGAUGAAGAUCUUUAUAAGCUUUUGGUUGAACUACGAAGACCCGGUUCUAACUUGAAACGAUUAAAAUGCCUACCAGGGAUACUGAAAUUGGAUCUCAGUCCCAGACCCGAGGAACUGCCGAGAUGUCUUGAUCCUGAUCUUAGAAGAUUAGUUCCAUAUCCGGAUGAAAAGAGUCGACCGGUUAAGGAGAUACUCGAAUUUCCAAGCGAAGUCGUUUCGCCAGAUUUAAUGUAUCGUAACCUUCUAUAUCUUUACCCCAAGGAAGCGAACUUCAGCUCCAGAACUGGCUCGGCCCGCAAUAUCGCUGUAAGAAUUCAGCUUAUGGGAGGUGAGCAGGAAGCCGACGCGCUUACAGCUAUCUUCGGCAGAUCAUCGUGUCCUGAGAUGACGCACGAGUAUUUCACUUCCGUGUCGUACCACAACAAAAAUCCCAACUUUUACGACGAAAUCAAGAUGAGACUACCAGCGGACUUGAGCGCAAAACAUCACUUACUGUUCACCUUCUAUCAUAUUAGUUGCCAGAAGAAGGCGGAACAACCUAACGUGGAAACGGCGGUCGCGUAUACGUGGCUACCGCUUUUAAGAGAUGGUCAUCUCCAGUCGGGCGAGUUCAGUUUGCCAGCUAUGCUAGACCCGCCACCUGCAAAUUAUUCCUACAUCGCACCCGAUGUUCUUCUGCCAGGCACUCGAUGGGUCGAUGCUCAUCGAGGGGUCUUCACUGUCAUAUUGGAGCCUGUUUCUAGCGUUCAUCCGCAAGACAAAUAUAUCGACCGAUUUUUAUCAUUAUGUGGCUUUCUGGAAACCGGCCAAGUUCCGCCUCGUAUCGGCGAAGCUGGCAUGGAGUCCGAAUUGAAGUCGGCUCUCCUCGAAUUGGCGCGUGCCUCGCAUUCCGCCUUGGUGCGAUCUCUUCCCCAAUUACUGGAUCAAUUACUAUGUCUCCUGGUGCGACCGCCAACAUUGCCGUCCCAAUCGUUGAACGUCGCGGCCACCAUCUUCGAGGCUCUGGGACUGCUCGUGCGAAAUAUCACCAAUUUACCGGACGGCCAAUUGGACGCGCACGGAAGACACGCGCUCCUGGCCACCUACAUCGCGUAUCAGUGCUCCUUGCCGAGCAUGACUCACAACGGGGGCGUCGUGCGAGCGCAGAGCAAUCCCGAUCUGCCUCUGGAGGAUCUGGAGAUGGAGAUGCACUCGCGGGGAUUAGACAGAACGGCGUCGAUGCGGCAGGAGUCUCCCUCGAUCAACAGUCAUCCCACCCGAAGACUUCUACACGAGGAACUCGCCUUGCACUGGGUGGUGUCCACUGGACAGGCGCGCGAACUGGCGAUAACCCACUCCUGGUUUUUUCUGGAGCUGAUAAUGCGCUCGAUGGCUGUCACACUGUCUGAGAUGGGCUCCAUGGAAGCGCUGCGAAAGGUGAGAUUCUCACCGCAGUUCUGCGACGACGUCGCGACGCUCAUCGCCGCGUUAACGUCCGAGGUGGUGUCGCGCUGCGGCAAGGAGAUCCGCGUGGCGUCCAACUUGAUAUCGAGCCUCGGCAAUUUCCUGUCCGAUCUGCUAUCCGUAAUGGACAGGGGAUUCGUGUUGUCGCUUGUUCGCGCUGCCUGUUGCUCGCUGUCGGACGCGUCGAUGCACAUUCCCGAUUCGGCAGCGUUGUACGCUCUGAAACUCGAUCUUGUGAGAACGGUGUGCUCGCACGAGCACUACGUAGCACUGAAUCUUCCCUUCGGCACAGGCUACACGUCGGGAUCCGCUCCGGCAUCGCCCAGCCCGUCGACCGGCAGCUCGGGCAGCCUGAUAUCCACUCUCGUGCCCGGGGACAGAGCCCGGUUCUCGGAACUCAGCCAGGAGUUUAGGCAACAGCACUUCCUGGUCGGCAUCGUUCUCUCCGAUCUGGCGAACACCUUGGAGAUACCAAAUCCGAUGCUGCAGAAUAAAGCUAUCGGGACCGUCCGACACCUUAUGAGCUGCCACGAUGCCGAUCCACGAUACUCCGAUCCCGCGGCGAAGGCGAGGGUCGCUGCGCUGUAUUUGCCGUUACUCAGUAUUUUGAUGGAUGCCUUACCCCAACUUUAUCACUGGGACUCGAAAGACAAAAGCGUUUAUCCGGACGAGUCCGGAUCGAUCACGCAGUCGGUGGCGCUGGCUAUCGCUGGCGGAGCGUCAGCGGACACCGCGGGCAAUCAGUGUCGCGUGUCCUUGAGCUCCGAGGCUACUCGACAUUUGUUGAUGUGUGCCUUAUGGGUGCUGAAGGGAUUAGAACGCACCGCUCUGGCGCAGUGGUGUUCCGAGCUUAGCGCGAGGCGCAUUCUGAGCUUGCUGCAAGUACUGAAUAUUGCUACCGCAGCUUUCGAGUACAAAGGCAAGAAGGCGCUGAAAAGAUUGCCACCUCAAGCAACGGCCACCAGCGACAUUCGGUCGCGGCUGGAAGACGUGAUUCUCGGUCAGGGAAGCGCCAGGAGUGAAAUGAUGCUACGAAGAAAGGAGAGAGUGACUGGAGACAAAUUGAGAUGGCGGAAAGAUCAAAUGCCUUACAGAUCCUGCGAGCAGCCGGAAGGAAGAGCUGUAGAGCAAGACGCUCAUAUAGAAGGAGCCUUAGCGGCUGAGGCUUCUCUCGUCGUAUUAGAUACCUUAGAAUCCGUAGUUCAAGCUGACGGCGGUGGAGGUGCGGUCGUCGGCGCGGUAUUGAAGGUGUUACUGAGAGCGCUGGCCAGAAAUCAAAGUACAUCGGUGCUUCAGCACAUGUUCAACACGCAGCGGGCUUUGGUGUUCAAGUAUCACAGCGCGUUGUUUGACGAGGAGAGCGAGCGCUGCGGGGAUUUGUGCUUGACGUUGCUGACUCGAUGCAGCUCGCCCUUAAGCGCUAUUAGAAGUCACGCGGCUGCGAGCCUGUAUUUGUUGAUGCGACAGAAUUUUGAAAUUGGGAAUAAUUUUGCGCGCGUCAAAAUGCAAGUCACCACAUCCUUAUCUGCUCUGGUUGGAAGAGGAAGAGCUCCUAGCGAGGGUGCGCUGCGUAGAGCGUUGAAAACGGUGCUGGUAUACGCCGAGAGAGAUACGGAGCUUGCGGACACGAGUUUCCCCGAACAGGUGAAGGACCUGUUGUUCAAUCUUCAUAUGAUCCUCUCUGAUACUGUUAAGAUGAAGGAAUUCCAAGAGGAUCCUGAAAUGCUCCUGGAUCUAAUGUACAGAAUCGCCAAGGGUUAUCAAGGAUCGCCUGAUCUUCGUCUGACUUGGCUCGCAAACAUGGCGCAGCAGCACAUGGAGAGGAAAAAUCACACGGAAGCAGCGAUGUGUCUGGUGCACAGUGCCGCUCUGGUAGCGGAAUAUCUUCAUCUGCUCGAACCUGGUGGUGGCGGCCGGCCUGUAGGAGCCGUUGCUCUGAAUGCCGUAACACCGAAUGCUUUAGAGGAGAGUGCUGUCGGCGACGACGUACUGGCCAGAAGAGAAGAGGGGCUUUGCUUGGGUCCCGAUUUUUCAGAGAGUGGGUUGGCGGGUUUACUGGAGCACGCGGCCAGCUCUUUUCACGCGGCUGGAAUGUACGAAGCUAUUCCCGACGUCUACAGGGUGUUGCUACCUAUAGCGGAAGCUGCACACGACUAUAAGAAAUUGGCCAACAUUCACGGCAAACUUCACGAGGCAUAUACGCGUGUUGAACAACUGGCUGGCAAGCGUGUCUUCGGGACGUACUUCAGAGUUGGUUUCUACGGCGCUCGAUUCGGCGAUCUCGCCGGCGAAGAGUUCGUAUACAAAGAGCCAACGUUGACGAAGCUCCCGGAGAUAUUUUCGAGACUCGAGAACUUUUAUGCCGAGAGAUUCGGCGCAGACAAUAUAGUCAUAAUAAAGGAUUCGAAUCCUGUGGAUCCUACCAAGUUGGAACCGGACAAAGCCUACGUCCAGAUCACUUAUGUGGAACCGUAUUUCGAAGCACACGAGCUUAGGCACAGACCCACCGUUUUCCACCGGAAUUUCAACAUAAAGCGAUUUGUUUAUGCGACACCUUUUACACCUGGUGGCAAGGCUCACGGCGAGUUACGCGAACAGUGCAAGCGGAAGACCAUAUUAACGGUAGCGACGCAUUUCCCGUAUCUGAAAACCAGAAUUCGAGUCGUGGCUCGGAAACAGAUAGUCCUGAGCCCCAUCGAAGUGGCAAUUGAAGAUAUACAGAAGAAGACUGCCGAGGUGGCUGCUGCGACCGCUCAGGAACCACCCGACGCAAAGAUGCUGCAAAUGGUCCUUCAAGGUUGCAUUGGCACGACGGUCAAUCAAGGACCUGCUGAGGUAGCGGUCGUGUUUCUUUCCGGUUUACGCGAACAAAAUGCCCAACCGACCAGAUUGCAGCACAAGCUUCGUCUGUGUUUCAAAGAUUUCCAAAAGAAGUGUCUCGACGCUUUGCGGCGUAAUAAGAAUCUGAUUGGACCCGAUCAGCGGGAUUAUCAGCGGGAGCUGGAGAGAAAUUAUCAAAGAUUGACCGAGAGAUUGGCACCUCUCAUUGCUUGGAGCGGACCGUCCUUAAUUAAUCAGCAAGCUGUACCGUCGACUCCUCCGCGCUGGUAGGGACAUGAAACACUGCCAUUGAAGCUUACCAAAGACUAAUGUAUCCAAUUAUUAAUCGUGUAUGCGAUUGUCAUGUAGCUAAUUCCACUUGCAAUCACUAUUGUGAAACAUGUUCGUACGUUGAAUCCUUGUUUUAUAAUAUUAAAAAUUAUUUCAAAUUAUUUGUAAAAUGAAUAUUUAAUUAGAAAAUUAUA